AUGGAACCGGCCUGCCGGAUCGUCACGGACGAGCCCUCCGAAGCCAAUCUCGUGAAGCUGCUGGACCUGUGGUCGGCGGACCAAAAAGACCCUGGUCGCACCUGGGCUGUGGGGCCGGGGGCCUACGAGAGAUAUGCCUUGCUGGGGUUGUUCGGGCACGGGGGUGUGGUCGGGGUCUCCAGAGCCACGGGCCUGCGAGAGGCCUGCGCUGCCGUGAACCACUUCCUGAAGAGCCGCUUCCCGCAGGGGACCUGGACGUCCAUCGCCGUGCUUUUCAAUUCCCGCAUGGGCUUGCACCGCGACAUUCAGAACAUGCCCGGGCACUCGAAUCACGCGCUUGCUCUGGGGGAUUACACAGGAGGGCGGGUGUGGAUCGAAGACGACGAGGGGCACUCCGCGGCCUGGCUGGACGACAAAAGCGCCCGGGAGCUGCGGGGGCCGGUGGCUGGACAUGCAUGA